AUGCAACCUCUCGCCCAACUAGAGCAAAUGCGAAACGAUGGCGGUUCUUCUGGCGAACCCGAAUGCCAUAUUCUCCGUCUGCCCACGGAAUUGUUCCAAAUAGUAAUCGACUGUUUAUCGGAAGAUGAAGUUGCGUCCACAGAAAAGAACUUACUUUCCCUAUGUCUCAGCUCCAAGGCAUUGUUAAUACAAGCAAAAAGCCGCCUCUACAAAUUCAAUGCAGACUGGGUAAGUGCGGAAAAGAAGCCUCGCCGCCGAUGGGCUUGUCUUGAUUGGGCCAUCCAAAGUGGUCGCAAAGAGACCGUGGAGUCGGUGAUGAACUUCACUCCAGAAGUGUGCGAGCUCCAUCACCUCAGCAGGGCUAUCCGGAAGAAACACUUCGAAAUUGCAUGGAUGUUGUUGAAACGGGAACCUUUGCAUACCAAGCUCAAGACCAGGACACAAGACAGUCCUAUCUUCGCAGCAGUUGAAGCAGGCCACACUCAGCUAAUUGAUGAUAUCAUCAAAAUUCAAAAAGGCUUGGACGUCUCGAUGAUGGAUCGAAAAGGCAACACAGUUCUUCACCACGCGUGCCGACACGGUCACUUGAAUUUAGUACGACGAUUUCUUGACGAAAAAGCAAACCCUUACGCUCCUGGCAAAUCUAUACCCGCAAUCUCACCCUUAAUGUCAGCCAUUCAGUGCGGCCUUCCAACAGCAAGAUAUGCAAUCAUAGAAACAAUUCUAGCAUCCAGGCCAAGCUUUCAACAUUCUGAUCGAGAAUACAGAGAUUACAUGUGGCGCAUUGCUCGGAAAUGUAAUUUAGAUGAUCUAAAGCUCUUCAUGAGAAGAGGAUUCUUCAACCAAUUUUUGAACGAUCCGCCAGAUUGCUCUACCCGCCUCGAAAGAUGGCUGUACUGGUUCGGAGAAGCCGGCAUAUAUGGCACGGAAAUAUUUCGAGGGCUUCUUGAGCUUUGCCCCCGCGAACACUUCACCGAUAUUCUAUUCAACGAAGUGUUUGCUAUGAUUCCGAUUCCGAAAGUGAGCGGCGUCAUCGGGGUGAGAGAGGUCAAGAUAUUGAUAGAUCGCUUUAAGCCAACCGCAAUCACCGACUUUUGGCCAACAACUCACGAUUCGCUUCAACGUGCGAUGUCGCACGCCAUUAGGAGGGAUGAAGUUGACUUGAUGGAAUCUCUUCUGCAUUUCUAUGGCCUUGUUGGACAAAGUCAAGACCCUGAAUUCAACCUACGGCCCUCAAAAUGGAACAUGAUUAUGUAUAUUAUAGAAUUCCCACACAGCUCUGGGAUGCUCAAACUUCUUCUCCGCCACGGGUUCGACGUCAAUCAUGUAGAACAUGGUCCAGAUGGCCAGACAACGCUGCAGCGAGCCAUCAAAGAAGUCCAAGCUUAUGAGGCAGGUAUUGAAGCGAUAAAAGACAUGAUACCAAUGGUCGAAAACAUCAAUGCGGUCGAUGGUAGGGAACGCACUGCUCUACACCUGUGUGUGACACCUCAAGCAACACCUCAACGAAAGGCAGUCCUCGACAGAGUCAUGGAAAUUGCCAACAUUUUGAUCAACAACGAAGCUAAGCUUUCGGCUCGUGAUCAUGAGGGAAACACGCCGCUUCACUUCGCUGCAUCAAGUCGCCAUCUAGAUCCAUUCGUGCAAUUCUUCCUUGAUCGGGGUGCACGCAUAGACGCCCUGAACCACAAUGGAGAAACACCGCUUAGGUUUCUUAUGGCAUGGGGGGAUUCUCCGACAGAAGAAACUCCGAGAGACAGGCUUUGGUUAUCCGAUAUCUCUGGAGAUUACCCCGGUUUAUCAAUGAGUGGUUUAUCGAUCAAUUAG